AUGGCCGACAAGCGGCGGGCCUCGCCCGGCACCACCAUGAGCCUGAAGGCUCACGCCUUUUCGGUGGAGGCGCUCAUCGGCGCCGAGAAGCAGCAGCCGCCCGCGCCGCCCCCGCGGCAGCCCAAGCGGCGGAAGGUGGGCGGCGAGGACGAGGCGGCGGACGACGAAGGGGGCAGCGGCUGCUGCGCCGGGAGCCCGGCGGCCACCAGCGGCAGGAACGGCGGCGACAUGGAGCCGGGCUGCGCCCGCGGGCCCGCCGGUGAGUGCCGCUCCGGCCCGGGGACGGGGCGGGGGGCAGCGGGGAGAGCGAGCGCCGAUGAGGGUUUCGCGGCGGCGUCCCCGCCCGCCUCGCCCGGCGGCGGCGGCUCCCCGAAGGGCUCCGGGCCCGCCUCGCCUCUGCCCGCGCCCCAGGCGCCGCGAGUUGAGCUGCAGGGCGCCGAGCUCUGGAAGCGCUUCCACGAGAUUGGCACCGAGAUGAUCAUCACCAAGGCGGGCAGGCGGAUGUUUCCCGCAAUGAGAGUGAAGAUCUCAGGUUUAGACCCCCAUCAGCAGUAUUACAUCGCCAUGGAUAUUGUGCCAGUGGAUAACAAAAGAUACAGAUAUGUUUAUCAUAGCUCCAAGUGGAUGGUGGCCGGCAACGCUGACUCCCCAGUACCGCCUCGUGUUUAUAUUCACCCCGAUUCACCUGCCUCUGGGGAGACGUGGAUGAGACAAGUGAUCAGCUUUGACAAACUAAAGCUCACCAAUAAUGAACUUGAUGAUCAAGGGCAUAUUAUCCUUCACUCUAUGCAUAAAUACCAGCCUCGUGUCCACAUCAUCCGAAAAGACUGUGGAGAUGAUCUGUCCCCGAUCAAGCCUAUCCCUUCGGGAGAAGGAGUCAAAGCGUUCUCCUUUCCAGAGACAGUUUUCACCACUGUCACAGCAUACCAAAAUCAACAGAUAACUCGUCUGAAGAUUGACAGGAAUCCAUUUGCCAAAGGGUUUAGAGAUUCAGGACGUAACAGAAUGGGACUGGAAGCUUUGGUGGAGUCUUACGCCUUCUGGAGACCUUCACUUCGGACACUUACAUUUGAAGAUAUACCUGGGAUACCUAAACAAGGAAAUGCAGGUUCUUCUACCUUACUCCAGGGAUCUGGCAGUGGAGUGCCUUCUACCCACCCUCACCUUUUGCCGGGUUCCCCUUGCUCAUCUCCAGCCUUCCAUCUCAGCCCCAACACUAGCCAGCUCUGUAGCCUUGCUCCUGCUGACUACACAGCUUGUGCCCGCUCAGGUUUGACCCUGAACAGAUACAGCACUUCCUUGGCUGAAACCUACAACAGGCUCACAAACCAAACCAGUGAGACGUUUGCACCCCCAAGGACUCCCUCUUACGUUGGUGUGUCGAGUAGCACAACUGUGAAUAUGUCAAUGAGCGGCAAUGACGGGGAUGCAUUCAGCUGCCCGCAAACUGGCUUAUCUAUGCAGAUUUCAGGGAUGUCUCCACAGCUCCAGUACAUCAUGCCAUCCCCUUCCGGCAAUGCCUUUACCACUAAUCAAACCCACCAAGGCUCCUACAACACAUUUAGACUGCACAGUCCCUGUGCGCUGUACGGAUAUAACUUUUCGACAUCCCCUAAACUGGCUGCCAGUCCUGAGAAAAUUGUUUCUUCCCAAGGAAGUUUCUUGGGGUCCUCGCCGAGUGGAACCAUGACGGAUCGGCAGAUGUUGCCCCCUGUGGAAGGAGUGCACUUACUUAGCAGUGGGGGGCAGCAGAAUUUCUUUGACUCUAGGACCCUAGGAAGCUUGACACUCUCAUCUUCUCAAGUGUCUGCACAUAUGGUUUGAUGAAGCCUUUAAGUAAAAGUACAGUAUGUUUUGUGUCUACAACGUAUUUCUUUUGGAAUAUGA